AUGGCCAUCUCCUUCAACGUCUUCCGCGUCCUGGGCGACCUCUCCCAUACCGCCUCCAAAUGCAUCCUGAUCUGGGCCAUUCACCGCAACAAGUCGGCCGAAGGCGUCUCCCUCUUAACCCAACUCCUAUAUAUCCUCGUCUUCGGCUCUCGCUACCUGGACCUCUUCUGGGUGCCGCCAUGGUGGAGCUGGUGGAACACGGUGCUCAAGAUCUUCUACAUCGGCAGCAGCGCCUACAUUGUCUGGUUGAUGAUGCGGGUGUAUGCGCGUACGCGGGAACGAGAGUAUGCGUGGAAGUUGGCGAUGUGGUCGUUGUUGGGGAGUUUGGUCAGCGCGCCGAUUGUGUGCUUGACUUUUGAGCACAACUUGCACUUGUCUGAGGUUCUAUGGACAUUCAGCAUCGUCCUCGAGAGCAUCUGCGUCCUGCCUCAACUCCUGCUUCUGCGACAGACGACCGUCCCGACCGUCAUCGACAGCUACUACCUCGUCACGCUCGGCAGCUACCGCUUCUUCUACAUCUUCAAUUGGAUCUGGCGGGGCAUCACUGAGCACCACUUCGAUCCGACGAGCGUUAUCUUCGGCGUCAUCCAGACCGCGCUGUACGUCGACUUCGCAUGGGUUUACUACAGCAGGCAAAGGGUCAAGCUCAGAGGCGGUGGAGUCGUCGACGCCGACGACCUAAGCAAGAGCUACCUCGUGCGCCGCUUUAUCGGCCGCGGGAGUCGAGCAGACAACGAGGACGAAGACGUCACGGAAGAAGAUGAGGCACUAGCAAGACAAGAGAGCGGCACAAUCAGGCCACAGACAGAUCACAGUGGAAGAAGCUGGGGCAACAGAGGCAUCAGCGUGAGUGCGGACGACACUUUGCAAGACCGCGAUCCUCAAGGAAACACAGCCGCAUCGAGCUACGCGGAUGACACAGACGCAGCGGCCGACGCACAAAUGAUCGACCCGGCGCACUUUGAGGACGACGAUGAUGAUACGGAUGCGCCGCCGCCGCCCGUUGCGAAGGAUGACAAGUAUAAGGACUCGAACGUGCCGGAAGAGGCGGAGAACGCGAGCUCGGAGUGGGCGCAGGCGCGGGAUGGGCAGUGA